AUGAAGCGACGCAAACAUGAGGAAUUGGUAUCCGAAUUUGAACAUGAUGACAUGGAUAGUGGAGAUCCUCUAAUGGCGUCUGAAUAUUCGGCACAGAUCUUUCAGUACUUGAUGGAAUUGGAACAUUCGACCAUGCCUGAUCCAAAUUACAUGGCAACACAAAAGGAAUUGGCAUGGAAAAUGAGAGGCGUUUUAAUUGAUUGGUUAGCAGAGGUGCAUUACAAAUUCAAAUUAUUACCAGAGACCAUGUUCUUGGCUGUCAACCUCAUUGAUCGAUUCUUAUCAGUACGAGCAGUGUCAUUAGUGAAACUACAGCUAGUCGGCAUCACUGCUCUUUUCGUUGCAGCUAAAUAUGAGGAAGUGAUGGCGCCUUCUGUACAGAACUUUAUUUUUAUGGCUGAUGGUGGAUUCAGUGACAAGGAGAUUUUACAGGCAGAGCGGUACAUGCUUUCGGCCCUUGGCUUUAAAAUGUCAUAUCCAAACCCUAUGCACUUCUUAAGACGUAUUUCCAAAGCUGACAACUAUGACAUCCACUCGCGUACAGUAGCCAAGUAUUUGAUGGAGAUUCCAUUACUGGAUUUCAACUUUAUUGAAUGCCCCCCUUCAAUGAUCUCUGCAGCAUCACUCUGUUUAGCCAGGAGAAUGAUGGGACAUGAAUGCUGGGAGGAAAAACUGGAGCUCUCUUCUGGUUAUACAGAGAAUGAUCUUUUGCCCUGCAUGGAGAGAAUGGUGCACUAUUUACAGCAAAGUCGUCGAUCUAACACUUUUAUCUUUAGGAAAUACGCUACCAAGCGCUAUUUGAAAGCAUCCAUCUUUUGUCGCGAAUGGGUUAUGAAUCUGAUGAGGCAACAUAAUCAUAGAUCAUAA